AUCCGCUUCGGGAGAGGGGCGUGAGCCCGGAGGCGUCCAGGCCACCUCCGUGUGCAGCCGGAGGGAGUGCGCGGCCCCGUCAGCGCGCAGCCCCGAGGUCCCCGCUUCUCCCCCGGCGGCGCUCCCGCCCCUGGGUGAGACCCGCGCGCCCCCGCGGGCGGCUCCGCCCCCUCCCGGAGCGGGCGGCGCGCUCCCGCGGCGACGGGCCGUGUCGCGGGCUCGCGCGCCGCCGGCCCAGCCGCAGUUAAAAUGGUCCGAGUCGGGCCCGCGCUGCCCCCGCCGCGGCGCUGACUGACUGAACCGGCUGGCCUGGCCGGCAGACUCGCUUCCCUCCCUCGCGUCCCCACAGCUCGCGCCCGUCCUCCUCCCGGCUCCCCGGGGGGCAAAGCAUGUAGCCCGCGUCGGGCACCCGGGCGGCCCGCAGCUGACGCCCACCCCCGCCGUCGCGUGUGCCGGGUGCGCGGCGCGGGCGACCCAGCCAGCGGCCUGCCCCGCCGCCGGAGCCCGCCCCUCGGGCCUCCCUCUCCCGCCCCGUCCCGGUCGCCCUCCUCGGGGCCUUCUAUAUGGGCCACCUUCUCUCGAAGGAGCCGCGUAACCGCCCGAGCCAGAAGAGGCCUCGCUGCUGCAGCUGGUGUCGCCGCCGGCGCCCUCUCCUCAGACUGCCCCGCCGGGCUCUGGCCAAGGCGUCCCCGCAGCCCGCGGCGCCCCGGAGCCGGGACUGCUUCUUCCGCGGGCCCUGCAUGCUCUGCUUCAUCGUGCACAGCCCCGGCGCGCCCGCCUCCGCCGGCCUAGAGGAGGAGCCGCCGCUCUCGCCACCGCCGCCGCCGCCGCGGGACGGGGCCUACGCCGCCGUCUCCUCGCAGCACUUGGCGCGGCGCUACGCGGCCCUGGCCGCCGAGGACUGCGCCGCCGCCGCACGCCGCUUCCUGCUGUCCUCGGCCGCCGCCGCCGCCGCCGCUGCCUCGUCGCCCGCGUCCUGCUGCAAGGAGCUGGGGCUGGCCGCCGCCGCCGCCUGGGAGCAGCAGGGCCGGAGCCUCUUCCUGGCCGGCGUGGGGCCCGUGCGCUUCCUGGGACCGCUGGCCGCCGUGCAGCUCUUCCGGGCACCGCCGGCGCCGCCGCCGCAGGCCGAGCCCGCCACGGCCCUCGAGAUGGUUUGCAAGCGGAAAGGGGCCGGGGUCCCCGCCUGCACCCCCUGCAAGCAGCCCCGUUGCGGCUGCGGGGGCUGCGGCGGGGGCGGCGGCGGCGGGGGAGGGCCCGCGGGAGGAGGUGCCUCGCCGCCGCGGCCGCCCGAUGCCGGCUGCUGCCAGGCCCCGGAGCAGCCCCCGCCGCCGCUCUGCCCCGCGCCCGCCUCUCCCGCCUCAGAGUGUGCCCCCAUCGUGGCCGCCGCCGGGGACACAGUCCGAGCCGGGGGCACCGCCCCCUCGUCUGCCCAGCAGCAGCCCGAGAGCGGCGACGCGGACUGUCAGGAGCCCCCCGAAAACCCCUGCGACUGUCACAGGGAGCCGCCCCCCGAGAUCCCAGACAUCAACCAACUGCCGCCGUCCAUCCUGCUUAAGAUAUUUUCCAAUUUGUCCCUGAACGAACGCUGCCUUUCUGCAUCGUUGGUUUGCAAGUACUGGCGUGACCUUUGCUUAGAUUUCCAGUUUUGGAAGCAGCUGGACCUUAGUAGUCGUCAGCAGGUUACUGAUGAAUUAUUGGAAAAAAUUGCCUCCAGAAGUCAGAAUAUAAUUGAGAUUAACAUUUCUGAUUGUCGAAGUCUGUCUGACAGUGGCGUGUGUGUCCUAGCAUUUAAGUGUCCUGGACUUCUUAGGUAUACAGCCUACAGGUGUAAGCAGCUUUCUGACACCUCAAUCAUUGCGGUCGCGUCUCACUGCCCUUUACUGCAGAAAGUCCACGUAGGCAACCAGGACAAGCUCACCGAUGAAGGACUUAAGCAGCUGGGCUCAAGAUGCAGAGAACUCAAAGACAUCCAUUUUGGCCAGUGUUACAAGAUCUCAGAUGAAGGCAUGAUUGUCAUAGCUAAGAGCUGCCUGAAGUUACAGAGGAUAUACAUGCAGGAAAACAAAUUAGUGACAGAUCAGUCAGUGAAGGCAUUUGCUGAGCACUGUCCUGAACUCCAGUAUGUUGGCUUCAUGGGUUGUUCAGUUACUUCCAAAGGAGUCAUUCACUUAACCAAGCUAAGGAACCUGUCCAGCUUAGACCUCCGUCACAUCACUGAACUGGAUAAUGAAACCGUGAUGGAAAUCGUCAAGAGGUGCAAAAAUCUCAGCUCUCUGAAUCUCUGUCUGAACUGGAUCAUAAACGACAGGUGUGUGGAGGUCAUUGCAAAGGAAGGACAGAACCUGAAAGAGCUGUACCUGGUGUCCUGUAAGAUCACUGAUUAUGCACUGAUAGCCAUUGGGCGAUACAGCGUGACCAUAGAGACUGUGGACGUCGGAUGGUGUAAAGAAAUCACAGAUCAAGGAGCCACCCUGAUUGCACAGAGCAGCAAGUCCCUGAGAUACUUGGGCCUGAUGAGAUGUGACAAAGUCAAUGAAUUGACAGUGGAGCAGCUGGUGCAGCAGUACCCGCACAUCACCUUCAGCACCGUUCUGCAGGACUGCAAGAGGACCUUGGAGAGAGCCUACCAGAUGGGCUGGACCCCCAAUAUGUCCGCUGCCACCUCCUAACUCUCUUCCUAUGCCCAGGUCUACUCAGGCCGGUUCAGCAGAAUGGAGAAAUGGGGGGCUCCAAUAGGGGGUCUUUCGGAAAGGUUUUAACCGUCACCUGUCAGUGUGUGUACCCGAGUGUUCCGUUUGUGUCUUGUUUGCAUUCUGCAUAGCAUAAGCGCACUGUUACUUACCCCAAGGUGAGCUGGCUUGUUUUCCCUAAAACAGAAGAUUAUGAAAACCAGGACCUUUUUGUUUUUUGUUUUGUUUUCCAAUUCAAACGUCUAUUUCUCUAAAAAGACUUUGUGGAAUCUCAAGUCAGAAAACUGGUUGUAUAGUUUUGAGCUUUUAAGUUCUGACACAUCUCGGAAAUGCUCGCAGAAAGGCUUUGUUCGGUGAUAGGUAGGCUACUUGUACGCUUCUGAGAAGACCAAAACAGAAGUGAUGUUGCUCUAACUAGAAGCCUGGAGACUAGAACCCCUCAAAAUCCUGGAGUACACAGCUAAAGUUCCACUCUCUUGUACUGUCAUACACACAUGCUAGGUCAGGUUCUCGCUUGGUAAAUUCUUUCCUGCCAGAGGAACCUUCCUGGGUCAUGAAGAGAGCAUGCCUUCCACUGUGGCUAUGCCUAACGUACUGUGCCCAGUGGUGGACAACUUGCUGUCUUAUAGGUAACUUAGGAAGUAGACUGAAUAAAGCCUUUUGUAAAUUUGUAUAUGGAGGCAACAGUCUGAUGUCCCCUGGCCAGCUCACAAAAGUUAAUUAUUCAUUAUUCUGUAAAUGCAUUCUGUUAAGUAAUAAAUAUUUUAGUUGGUUUUGCAUUAACACUGUGUUCGCUUUUACUGUGUGGACAGUUACUGGUCAAGAUGCAUUUUAGUGACAUUUGGGGCUAAUCUUGGCAUUAUUCACAUUGAAGCCAUGAAUGUAAUUAAUGGUGUGCAGUUAUUUUAAAAAUUUUACAGAUCAUUUCAUUAUUUUGGUAAUUAUGAAAAUAUAUUCUGAGGUGGGGUAGUUAUUGAUAGAAGAUUAAUGAAUGAGAUGUAUGUAGACAAUCUUCCUAUUGUAUUUUUUUCCUUUGCUUUGGGAUUGAGAACAGGUUUUUUGAAUAUAUGCAUGUUAUAAUUUUAAAUAGUUCUUACACUACUGCAAAGAUCUACUGUUAGCUAACGUAUGAGCUAAGGAGAGAAUUUAGAAAAUCUGUUCAUUAAGAUUCUGUUUACACUUGCCAGAAAUACAUAUUUUAGUUUAAUUAAGUAUUACCAGCUUUUACUUCUGUCAGUACCUAUCAGGAAAGGAGUGUAAGUUUUGAUGUCACACAUUUCUACAGUCAGCCGUUGCAGGGACUCAGGCUCAGAUGACCUCUCCUAUGUCUGGAUUUAUAAGCAGGCAGCAGGGAGCCUUUUUAAGCUAAAGAGUGAUUAUCUUUCGUAGUAGGAAAAGCAAAACCUUGACUUUUGAACUUGCUAUUUAUUCUCCCUGUAUGUGGUCUUUGGUCUUUAACAAUUAUAAUGAGGUUUGAGUUUGUUUCCUAUAAAUCCCAGCCCUGCGGAAGCAAUGCUAGCUGUAGGAGGCAGAAGCUGCCUUCCAUUUGCACACCAUGCACGUGUGUGUAACAACUCCUUCUCUGUAGAAAAGGUUUGUUUCCCUCCAGUUUGUCAACAUGCUUCUGAUGUGGCAGUUUAUUGUUUUAAUCCCAAUCAGUUAAAAAACAAAAAGUACCUUUUUCAUAACCAAAUAGGAGAUUUUAUGUGACAUAUGUAUUAUUACAUCAUUACCAUAGGAACCAAAGUCUAGUCCCAUGGAUGUUAUUUCCUCUUCCAUUUUAAUUGAGUCAUGAACAUGUACCAAAACCAGCUGGCAAUAUGACAGUCAUUGCGACUGAAGGGUCAGUUGGAGUCAGGCCUACUAUGACUAUCGGUAAAUAGGAGGUUUUUCCUCUUGGGCACUAUGCUUAGAAGAUUAACUCAGCUCUCCUGCGGGAUGUUUAAUACACGCAUUGCCGCUACAUGGGACUCUUCAGUCACCAAAACGCAGCCAUCUGCAGGAACAUAUUCCCAAACUAAAACCAUAUCUAAGAUCCUUCAGCGCCCAGUCCUGUGAUCUCCCUUGGCUAAUAACGAACUGUAAGGAUGCCAGCAGCUCAUGAAGAAAGGGAGACUUCCAAAAGAGCCUGCGUUGUUUGAUUCAGCUGUUUUAUUCACAACAGGAUGGAAGAGACAGUCAUGCAUUUCUGAAAGUUUUUCCACAGUUUGGCAUCACUUGAAAGAUCUGGAGAUGAGAAGCAUUGAUGGAAAGUGGCCCGAGGACACAGGGCAGGCUGAUGCUCGCUCACUAACUCUUCUGUAGCCUGAGAUCUCCUCAGCCUGUGCCUUGUGCAUGCAUGCGCGCCCACAUGCCCAAAUGCACCAUUCAGCCAGAAAAGAUGACUACAGAACGCAGUCUGUUCAACUUUGUGAUUAAUAUAAUAGAAGAUGGAAAAACGAGUCACUAAAUAAAGACUUGUUAAACCUAACAGUCUCACAAAUAGAUGCUGCCCAAGUAAGUCUGCGUGGCUCCAGACAAUGGUGAUUUUUUUUUAAAAAAGGAAGACAUUAUACCAAAUGAAUGUAGACUGCCCAGAAAUCUUGAUUUUUGUUGACAAGAAAUGUUUUUGCUGUAUUUCUAAGCAGCAUCUUGCAAUGGAGUCACUUACUAAUGGGUGGGGUUAAAAACAUCUUGCUAAUUAUAUUCAAAUGAAGUCUUUAUUAUACUGUUUCUUCAAUUCUAAAUAAAAAAAAAUGGAUUACAAUACAGGCUUCAUGGAUGUAGGGAGACAAAUACUGAGAGGCACUCUUGGAGAUAACAAAUAAUUGAGCUGAAUGUGAAAAUUAAGCCACCAGCACCUUCAUUCCUAGAUAAGACAGAUGACUGGAUCUGCUCUAAAGCAAACCAUAAAUCUGGAAGAAAGCUUGCCUUGGAGUAAAUUUGUACAAAUGAAUAUAUAGGCCACUCCAACUCCCUUUCUUCAUGGUUACUGUUGCAUUUACCACCCCACUUUUCCUUCAGCUUCACUCCUGAGUCAGCCAGAAGCUAGAGCCAGUGAGACGCUGGCAGAUGACCUCACACACAGGCUUUGCAAGGUCAAAGGUAGCGGUGCCAGGGAAAUAUAAUGAACCAAUAUCCUUGAAACAAUAACAUUUUGAAACAUUUUGCCUUGAAAGAAAAGUAAGUGUGUGUGUGCGUGUGUGUGUGUGUGUGUGUGUGUGUGUGUGAGAGAGAGAGAUUGCAUUUGUGUGUGAAUGUGAGUGUGUGUAUGUGUAUGUGUCUGUGCAUGAAUAUAUGUAUGUGUGUGCAUGCAUGCAUAUGUACUUGCAUGCAUAUAUAUGUGUGUGUGCAUGUAUUUGUAUGAUUGUGUGUAUGAGUGCAUAUGUACAUGCAUUUUUAUAUGUGUGGGAGAGAUGUAUGUGCAUGCAUGUGUACAUGUGUGUGUGCACACGUUUGUGAGUGUGUAUGUGUCUGUGCAUGUGUAUAUAUAUGUGUGUGCAUGCAUGCAUGUGCACUUGCAUGCAUGUAUAUAUGUGUGUGUGUGUGUUCAUGUGUGUGUAUGAGUGCAUAUGUGCAUGCAUGUGUGUAUGUGUGAGAGAGGUGUAUAUGCAUGCAUGUGUAUGUGUGUGCACAUGUUUGUGAGUGUAUGCAUCUGUGCAUGCAUGUAUAUAUGUGCGUGCAUGUAUGUAUGUGCAUUUGUGUGUGUGUGUGUGUGUGUGUGUAGUCCUAAGGUCAGGGGGAAGCAAGCUCUGUGCAUAGCACUUCACAAGUCAGCUGACAGAUACUGCAAACACCCAAAAGACUUCUUACUUCACAUUAUGAGAGACAGGUAUGUCCCUUGUUCCAAAUGUAACCUCCCUUCCAACUCCAUUAAAAUAUCUUCCUCCUUCUUUUGCUCUCAUGUUCUUAACGAGGUAGCUCAGUUCUACCAGCUCUUCCCUCCCUUUUUUUGUCCUCUGUUCCCCCUUCUCGGCCCUCAUGGCUCUGAUCCUGUCAGUCUGCAUGUAUGCUUGUCUGUCCCUACCCCUUCCCCUAAUCGUCACUUCCCUCCCUUCCCCCCAAAUAAACCCCCUUAUACCAGAUCUGUUGCAUGGAGUGACUUCUCAGGGGAGCACCUUGGUAUGCCCCGCAGGUACUCCCUCACUGCAUUAUAUGUGAAUACACACACACACACACACACACACACACACACACACACACACACACAAGCCUUCCGAAAGGGCUAACAACAAUCUUCAUGUCAGUACCACUGAACCAUGGAAAAGCAUUUGGGGUUCAAUAUGGGAUAAUUAGAAACCUUACUGCCAAGGAAACUCUUGCUUUUAUGCCCACAUGGACCUAGGCACCUGUAUCCCCAGGUCACAUAUAUAAGAGAGGAAUUGCUAAUAUUUGCACAUCCUUAAUUUUAUUGUAGGAUGCCACAAAUCUUGCAAAGGAGUUGAGCCAAUUCAGUUUUUACCAAAAAGCUAUAGAAGCUCCCAUCAGCCCCUAUGGCAGUCUCUUUACCCUGUGGUCCUGGCUUCUCUUUGAUCCUGGUUUGAGUUGGUGGCAUUCUCUAAAAUAUUUUAAAAGCCAGAUAUAAUUUUAUGUUUUUAUUUGCCACUUUAGAAAAGUUUGUGGAGACACUUUUAAGUCAGUGUUCCCCUUUCCAUUUCAAAGGAGAGAAAGGUCAGGGUGGGAAGAGUAAACGCAGUGGCUUCACGGUGGAUUGUAGCUGUGAAGCGAAAACUAUGCCGAGGGCAAGGAGGUGAGAGACCUCUAGAGAUGAACAGAUUAAGAAGUCAACAAGCUCUUCCCUCUCCCCUUCUUGUGGUCUUAUUUGGCCAUGUGAGGAAGGAAGCCCUUCUCCCUCACUUAAGUGAGAAGUUUCCGGACACCUCAAUUGGUUGAGUGUGGCUGGCCAUCGUGAUGAUGACAAAAUGGCACUCAACCGGGUUAAAUAAGACUGGUGGAAAAGAGCUGUCGCUGUUCUUCAGCUGCAGCAACAAAGCUAAGUCCUCUGGAAAUUCAGAUGAAAGGCGUGAGGUACCAAAAAUAAUAAUUUGUCAAUUUAGUUGUGGAGCACAGAGGACGCGUAAAAUGUGGGGAAACCAAAAUAGAGAUCCUGGAAGGAUUUUAUAUUUAGCUUGCUCCAAAACUGCGUUUGAUUUCUAACUGUUUUAAGGAAUCGGGAAUAGAGAUCAUAGAUUAUGCAUUGCGGGCAUAGUUUGCAAGGAUGCUAAUAGAUAAUGGGAAUCAAAGAAAAAUGCCCCGGCCUCACAUCAAAAGAACAGUGCUGAGCAUGUGUGCACGCACACACAGCUUUAUCGAAAAAUAAAAUAUUGAAAACGUUUAUCUGCAUAUAAGCCUUUUCAAUGUUUUGGUCAACUUUCUCAAUUAAAUAACCAACUAGCUGAUGUUACCAUAGUAAGGAAGUUUUCCAUGAGCCACUCAGACCAAAGCAGAUGCCCAGCUCAUGGAAAUCACAGUCUGGAAAUAAACAUUUUUAAAAAUUGAGGUAGACUUUCCCUACAGUAAAAUAUACAUCUCUAACUUUAUGAAAUUUGAAGAAUGUUUGAAACACAUGUCCUACAAGAGCUAUGUCUUAUGUAAAUGUUCAUGAUGUGUGCUUGUGCGUGUGUGCUUGUGCGUGUGUGUGUGUGUGUGUGUGUGUGUGUGUGUGUGUGUGUGUAUACCACCCCAGAAAAUUCCCUAAUUUCCUACUAGCAAAGCCAAGGGCUGUUUUUAAAUGCCAUCACAUAUUUCUUGUGCCCGUUACCUAACACUUUAUGAAUGAAAUCAAACAAUAUGUGUUAUUGGUGUAAUUUUCUCCCAGAUGAUUUUUCUUUGUGGUUUAUCUAUUGUAUGUCAACUUGAUGCAAGCUAUACUCUAAGAGGAGGGGAACCUUAGCUGAGAAACUGCCUCCAUAAGAUUAAGUUGUAGGCAAGCUUAUAAGGCAUUUUCUUAAUUAGUGAUUGAUGAGUGAGGGCCCAGCCCGUGUGGAUGGUGCUACCCCUGCACUUGUGGUCCUGGAUUCAACAAAAAAAUCAGGCUCUUCAAAAGCCAUUGAAGAGCAAGCAGUAUCCCUCAUGGUCUCUACAUCAGCUCCUGCUUCCAGGUUUCUGCCCUGUUUGAGUUCCUGUCCUGACUUCCUUCAGUGAUGGAUUACAAUGUAGAAAUGUAAGCCAAAUAAACCCUUCACUCUCCAACUUGCUUUUGGUCAUGGUGUUUCAUGAUAGCAAUAGUAACCCUAAGACAUCCAUGCUGUGCUACCAACCGUAGCUGAGUAGCAAGUGUAUAAUGGGAGCACUACUUACUCCAUUCUACUAAUGGAUACCUGAGUUAUUACCUUGUUUUACUAAGUUAAUUUUAAAAAUAAGCAAACACACACACACACUCAGAGCACUAAAGCUUAAGAAACAAAAAAGAAAAAGAAAGAAAGAAAUUGCUCAUUUGACACCAGAGGACAGAAAGCAGCUAAAUGUUUUUCCAUAAACCCUUUGGCAAGUGAUACUAGCCGCCCCCUCCCAUCUCUCUCUCUCUCUCUCUUUCUUGCAAACACACAUAACAGUAAAAUUCCCGAGUCAUAGGAUCUGUUAUGUAUGGACCUCGGGGGGGAAACUUCCAAGCUCUCCUAAGUCAGUGGCAACUUUUAAGGUUGUAGCACCCAAGAAUAAGAGAUCAAAUCAGCCCACAUUCCAACUGGCACUUGAUAUCAGUCCUUUAAACUUAGCUUGUCGCAAAGGCAUGUGUGGCUGCCUAUUGUGUAAUGUUAAAUGCUGUUCCCAGGUGACUAAUCAUGUCAAGGACAUGUGCAUGUAUGCUUAGUCCUUGCCUGGUCUCUUUUGUGACAUUAGUUUUUUGUUUGUUUGUUUUUUGUUGGUGGUGGUGGUGUUUGUUUUGUUUUGUUUUUAAUCUACACUACAGAGCAGUUGAUUGGUCUUUGUGAUGGUUUAUAUAUGCUUGGCCCAGAGAGUGGCACUAUUAGAAGGUGUAGCCCUGUUGGAGUAGGUGUGGCUUUGUUGGAGUAGGUGUGUCACUAUGGGUGUGGGCUUUAAGAUCCUCAUCCUAGCUGCCUGGAAGUCAGUAUUCUGCUAGCAGCCUUCAGAUGAAGAUGUAGAACUCUCAGCUCCUCCUGCACCAUGCCUGCCUGGACACUGCCAUGUUCCUGCCGUGAUGAUAAUGGACUGAACUUCUGAACCUAUAAGCCAACCCCAACUAAAUGUUGUCCUGUAUAAGAGUUGCCUUGGUCAUGGUGUUUGAUCACACUUAGUAAAACCCUAAGUCAGUCUUAGUAUAUGUUUCCUCGUUGAACCCUGUUAACAUUUUGUAGUAAGUAAUUGACAGUGUAUGUGUCCUGUCUCCUAUUGUAUUAUAGGCUUUUAUUCUGUAUCUCAGACCAACACUACAAUGCUGUGUGGCUUUGAAUGCCACACUCACUGUCUUAGUCAGGGCUUCUAUUCCUGCACAAAAAAUAUGACCAAGAAGCAAGUUGGGGAGGAAAGGGUUUAUUCAGCUUACACAUUCAAAUUGCUGGUUAUCACCAAAGGAAGUCAGGACUGGAACUCAAGUAGGUCAGGGAGCAGGAGCCGAUGCAGAGGCCACGGAGGAAUGUUACUUACUGGCUUGCUACCCCUGGCUUGCUCAGCUUGCUUUCUUAUAGAACCCAAGACUACCAGCCCAGGGAUGGCACCACCUUCCUUGAUCACUAAUUGAGAAAAUGCCCCACAGCUGGAUCUCAUGGAAGUAUUUCCCCAACUGAAGCGCCUUUCUCUGUGAUAAUUCCAGCCUGUGUCAAGUUGGCACACAAAACCAGUCAGUACACUCACCUACAUGGACAUUUACAUAUUUUCCAGUUUUGUUCUUUCUUUAUAUUUAUUUUACAAUUGCAUUGUCAACUUAAUAAACAAGCUUAAUAAAACGAUGCUGAGAUCUGUUUCAAUGACGUUGAUCUGUAAGUAACUAACACCUUAGUGUUAUCGACUCUCCUGCUCCAUAGACUCACCUCUUUAUCAAAGGCUUCCCACUUAAAUGUCCCACUCCCGGCUAAGCAAAGUCGUGCACUCUUUCCUUUAAUCAACCCUAUGUGUUCUCUGCCUUUUGAUGCUACUACGAAAGGAACUGAAGACUUUCUUGGUUAGAAGUGCAAUUUAGUUGUACGAAUUGUUUCUGAAUUCAGCGGCCUUGCUAAGUUCACUCCUUGGUGGUAAAUACUUCCUUUUCAGUAUGAAUUUUUUUUAACCAAAGAAAUCAUGCCACAUACAAGCAAAACUGUAUUGAUUUCUUUGCGACACUAUGUCCUGUGUUUCUUGUUCAUGGUGAGCCUACUACACUGGCUGUGGUGGUGGGUGUGACGCUGAGUGGCUGUGAUGAUCGGAGUCCUUGCGUCUGACCUCAGCAUCUGUACCUGCCCUUCACAGAGCUGAAAUAUUUACGUGCCCUGUAGUUAUUUUUUAUUAUGAUAAGUGGGCAAUAAGCUCAGUCAAUCGUCCUCGUUCCUGUUCAACCAUACUUAACAUUUCUGGUUCUCCUCAAUAUGUCAUAUUUAUAUGUUUCUUCUGAUUUGUUUUCUUUAUCCUGUUUGUAAUUCUGGAAGAUAGAUUAGUAUAAUUAUAGAAGUUCUAUCAUGUUUUUUGUUUGACUAUAGCCUCAUAGCAUUCAUCUAUUUCCUAAAAGAAUUGAUGUUGAUGCAAGAUUAGAAUAAUUUCUGAAAGCAUAUGAAGGACUCCUGCAGUCACAUGACCUAGACUUUCAGUAAAGACAAACUUCUGGAUUUUGUGAUUGGUUCAGUAUUUCUUUGCUUUUGAGUUGGAGAAAUUGUUGAUGCGAACUUGUUCACAAUCCCUUAUUAUCUUGUUACUGUGUAUAGAAUCUGGCAUAUUGCUCCACCACUGUCCUGGUAUUGGUCAUUUGUGUUUUAUCUGUAACAAAGCAGAAAACACAAGCCUCCACAAACUGAAGGUUAUCAGCCAAUAACCCCCUGAGGCCAAAAAAAAGUUAACAAAGAGAAAUAAGAAAAAUCAUAAUCUCUCAAGUACAUGAUCUACAAAUUUAUCUGACCCAUAUUUAGAAAGCAAAAUCAGCCAAUUGAAAUAGACAAGAUUCAACUUAGAUGUUGGUAUUAUAAAGAUAAAUCUAAAUUCUGACGGGGGUGGUCACAAUGAGUUCAUAGAUGGGGAGUGGUCACAGUGAGUUCACAGUUGGGGGAGUGGUCACAGUGAGCUCACAGUUGGGGGAGUGGUCACAGUGAGUUCACAGACGGGGAGUGGUCACAGUGAGCUCACAGUUGGGGGAGUGGUCACAGUGAGUUCACAGACGGGGAGUGGUCACAGUGAGUUCACAGUUGGGGGAGUGGUCACAGUGAGCUCACAGUUGGGGGAGUGGUCACAGUGAGUUCACAGAUGGGGAGUGGUCACAGUGAGCUCACAGAUGGGGAGUGGUCACAGUGAGUUCACAGAUGGGGAGUGGUCACAGUGAGUUCACAGUUGGGGGAGUGGUCACAGUGAGCUCACAGUUGGGGGAGUGGUCACAGUGAGCUCACAGUUGGGGGAGUGGUCAGAGUGAGUUCACAGAUGGGGAGUGGUCACAGUGAGUUCACAGAUGGGGAGUGGUCACAGUGAGUUCACAGUUGGGGGAGUGGUCAUAGUGAGUUAGCAGAUGGGGAGUGGUCACAGUGAGCUCACAGUUGGGGGAGUGGUCACAGUGAGUUAGCAGAUGGGGGAAUCUCAGCAGAGAAAUGGAAACUAAGAAAAAAAUAGAAAAUCUAGAACUGAAAAGUACAAUAUCUGAAAUAGAAAAUUCACUGAAUAUGGGCUUAGAAGCAAAUUCAAGUUGGCAGAAGAAAGUGGCAAAGGACGAAAUAUAUAUAUAUAUAUAUAUAUAUAUAUAUAUAUAUAUAUUCGGGAGAAAUUAUCCAAGCCGACGAACAGGGAGAAAGAGGCUUGGUAGGUGGCGAGUGCUGCAGCAAGUCAUCUAAUGCAUGUGCACUUAGGAUCCAAGGACAAGAAAAGAACAGGAGAGAGAAACACGACAGCAGCCAACUCCUGCAACUUGAAGAGAUUUAAAUUCCCAGCCCUUUCUUGCCAGUGUCAGGCUGUGCUGAAGAAUUGUUUUAAUCUCUCCAGUCCUCCAGUUCUUGCUUUCACUGGCCUCUUUAUCUGUUUCUCGCACAUGGACAGAAUUUUGCCAAAGAUUUGCAGAAUGGACUUGCGGAUUCUGAGGGGUCUCUUUACCUUCCAGGGUUUCUCCCCCUUGGUUUCCAGCACCCUGAGUAGCCUCAAACUCCGUUCUGUCAACCUUCAAUUCUGUAAGACCAUGGCUCUCUGCUCUGUAUCACACUGCAGAGCAGGAAAAGCUCUCUCAGGAUACUAAGGCAAAGCCCACACAAGUGUGUUGUUGCUGCUUCCUCUGCCUUGCCUCUGUCUCUCUCUGUCUCUGUCCCUCCCUCUGUCUCUGUCUGUCUGUCUAUCUGUCUCCCCCCCUCUCUCUUUCUCUGUCUCUCUCCCUUCUCUCCUCUCUCCUCUGUCCUCCUUUUCUCUUGUUGAUGAUAUAUACACACAUAUGUAUUCACAUGGAAUCAAGAGAUGAACUUCAAGUAUCUUCCUAGAUUGCAUUUCACCUGAUUGUUUCCUAUGUAUAUGUAUAUAUAUAUGCACAUAUAUAUUAUGUAUAUAUAUGAAUGUGUGCCAACAUUCAUGUAUGUAUAUAUGACUUGUGACAACAUGUAUGCCGAGUGCCUGAGUAAGUCAUAAGAUGGCAUAGGAUAUCCUAGAACUGAAAUUACAGUUGGUCGUGAGCCGCCCAUGCACGUGCUAGGAACCAAACCCAGGUCCUCUGCAAGAGCAUUAAGUGUUCCUAACCAUGGACCUAUCUCUCCAGCCCUUCCACCUUAUUUUUUGAGGACAGGAUCUCUCAGUCACCCAGGAGCCCCCCAAUUCAGCGGACUUGUCAGCGAGCUCUAGGCAUCUGCCUUUCUACACUCCCCUGAGCACUGAGGCUCCAGACUCUUUCUGUGCCUCGACAGCACUAUGUUGACCAAGCCUGCCAGCCCUAUGGUACCUUUCUUUAAAUGGCCGAAUCCCUGGUUAGUAACUUCUAACUUUCUUCUGAUCUCGGGGGUCUCUCAUCACUAGAAAUGAUGCUUGUGUGUGCUAGUCUAGUGUGAGCUUGUCUGUCACUACCAAAAUAUUCCUGAGGUACUGUUCCAAGGAGGCCGGAUUUAUACACCCCAGCAUUUCCACUGGCGUAAGUACUGUGCUCGGCCAUAAGGCAACACCUCAGAGCCUCCUGAUAACCAAAUUCCCUUCCUUCCCAAAUAAUGGAAGCCCACUUUGAUGUGAAACAACUUUGGAUACCACUUUUUAUGGCAAUGCAAGCUCUAGCUGGUGACUAAAGAGUAUGUAAAUCAUGGAGACUUUGGGUGGUCUCCUUUAAGGGGAACCACACAGCAGAAGGAAGAUCUUUUCUCUCCUUCCUGCCAUAUUCCAUGACAUAGUGAUUAGAAUCCCGCAUCAACCUUCGAUCAUGAACCAACUGCAAAAAGAUGGAGCAGAGACUGAAAAGUUGGGUGAGUCUCUCGCUCUAUUCACCAGGGGUGUACCGGACUGCCCAGUUGAUGCUAAUUCUGAUGUAAAAAAAAAAAAAAAAAGGAGGCCCCACACAAAUCACAAAUGCACCAAUAAAUACAAGUGUAUCCCUCCAAGAGAACUCUUUCCAAAGAGUAAGUGGGUAAGGCUGAAGACUCGUUAUGAUGCACCCAAGGAGACCCCUGUCUGGGCCUUCCCCUUCCAGUCUAUUCUGGGGCUGCAGUUUUAUCAGCUGCAGUGUUAAGGAAAACAACCUAAUAGCCUUUCCCUAUUGCAAUAGAUGUCUCCACACUAUAGAUAAUAUUACGUCUUCGCUAAUUCUAAGGAUCUAAUGGAGACUUUAUGUUUGUAUGUAAUUUGUUUAAUGCAGUCACAGGUCUUUGCUGCUAAACAAGCCGCCCCUCCCCGUUGUUUUCUAGGAACCUUAAACAACAGCUUCUGUUCCCCUGGGUUUCAUAGAUCUUAGUCCAUCCACAAGGAGGAAUGGAAAUGCGAAGAAUAAAUUUUUAGGGUUCUGCUCUCAAAUAUUCCCCUAAUUUUUAAGAGGCUGGAGCCAGUCACGGAUACAAGUAAAACACAUUUCCCCCAAUGCUGAGUCUGAGACUGUGAAUUGAGACAGGGAAAUGGUUUUCUUUUCUAGAUGACUAUUUUUCAAACUAGAAAUAUGUUUUGCAUCAAUGAUGUGUUAAGGUCAAGUCAAGGAAAGAGACAAUAUGUCCCAUGUCACGGAGACCGGGAUAAUGAGAGUGUUCUCUGGGAGCUGGCGUGAGGCUGUUCAUUUCACCGGCGAAAGGUUACACCAGACAGAUUGUUUCUCAUUUGAUGUCUUAAAUUAAACCGCUGACAUGGCCUGCCUCAAAGUUAGAAGCUUCUGUUUUCACCAAACAGACCCUAAAGGAAAAUUCCUAUUUGAGAGAGUUGGUCUCCAAGCUGCAGCCUUUGAGGAUUUUCUGUUUUCGAGUCUUGCUUAGGAAUUCAAACAGGUUUUCAACUGCUGGGCAGCUCCUAAUGUGAUCGUGAAGGGGGGCCCGGUGGAUCUGAGGCUUGGCAGUUUGUUAAAGUGCUGUGUAGGAUAGAAGCAAGAUAAAUGUUGUCUAAGUAAGAUUCAGAAACAGUCAUAUACAAGAUGCACACGUGUUCAGACAGGAAAUUGCUGCUGCUACAAAGAAUCCAUCUACCUAUUUGAGAUGUACUUUGGUCAUCCCCUUUGUUCUAAUCCUGGCUUGCCCUCCUCAAUGACCAUUUUGCCUGCCUCUAAAAUUCAGAAAUCAAACGUUACGGUGAGAGCUCAGCUGACCAGCAACACUAAUAUUUCAGCAUGGCAGGGGCUGGCCCAGGCACCGAUGUGCAGCUGAACCAGGUCCCCAGAUGGUUGAGGAAUCCUGGCCCACAGAUCUUAAAGAAACGUAGUGGUGCUAUGCCAGACACAAGAUGGAGGCUGGGGAACUGGGCAGUAAAUAUCUUAGGCAAGGCCUGCUUACAGGGCACUUUCGUUGAGAUAGGGUAGGGAGAGCAUAUAAUAAAUAAGGGGACAGCUGGGAACAUUUCUGGUGGUGUUAAGGAUUAGGACAGGGAAUCAGAGAAUAAUGGGGUGGGGUGAGGAACACUACUAUAAAUAGUGAGCAAGGAAAACCAGCUAGAGAGGAAAAAUUGAUAGAAAGAGAUACCAAGAGAAACAAAGUACAAAGUAUCGAUAAAAAGAGAUACAAAGGAAACAAAGUACAAACUAGUGGGUAAGGGGUCAGAAAAUGUACAUCUGGCCCCUGAUCUCCGGUUCUUUGAAUAUCAGCAACUACUUCAUGUCCUCAUCUGUCAACUAGGACUAAAAAGUACAAACUAGUGGGUAAGGGGUCAGAAAACGUACAUUCUGGCCCCUGAUCUCUGGUUCUUUGUAUAUCAGCAACUACUUCAUGUCCUCAUCUGUCAACUAGGACUAAAAUGACUCAUGGGUGAUGGGAGAAAAUUGUGUGUAAUAGCUGUGUGAGGUACUGCUGGCAGCCCCAGCCAACCCCCACCCCCACCCCUGGCCAGGCUGUAGGCUCCUUGACCUUUCCCUCUGACUCACACGGGGACAUCCAAGGACAGUGUGAUUUAGAGAUGCAAAGGGAGGUAUUAAGAGUUGGGCUUUGCAUCCUUAAUCUACAGCUUCCCUGAGCACCAGACACAAACUUGGCUUCAGUUCCCAGAUUGGAGUUUCUUCCCCCCCCGGGGGGGAGGGGGGCUUUUCACAAUCUUCGGGUGAUCUGGACCUUAAAGCCACUGCCUCUACCAUCUAUCUCUACAUCAUCUUACCUUAGCCUAUGGUUCUUCUUCCCCAAGCUGACACUCCCAAAUUGGUAACUCUUGGCACAUGAUCUUCAUCUUCUUGUGCCCAUUCAUUUUAGGCUGUAUGAUGUACUCGGUGACUGUCACCUUUUUGACACCUGAAGCUGUGAUUUGAGACUUCUUGUACAACUGUCAGAGUGUUUGGGCCUUCUGUCCUGACUACUGGGUCAGGAGGAAAGGGUGUCCCACCCCUGUGAUGUAUUCCAGAAUAGAUCCCAAGUUCUCCCAGUCUGCAUUUCAGAUCAUGCCCUCUUAUUCCCCAGUCACAACAAAUUGCCUCUGGUUAAUUUGAGAAAUGUCUGUAUUUGGUGUUUCUGUAAUUUUAUUUUGUGUUUCAGUUGAGUAAGUGUUGCUGAAUAUCUGUAGAAUGUGUGAUAAUUUUUGUAAAAAAAAAAAAAACUCAAUAAAAGAAACAUUACCAUAGAAAAA